GCAAGGGGCUCUCUCGCGGAGAGAUAGGCUCUAAAAGCGCUCGGAGUGCCUGGACGGACUGAGGAUGACUGCCUGUGGACUACAUUGCAGCUGGGCUGACAGAAUAAGUGAAAUCUUACUAAGAUGUAAGGUCUCUGUCUCUUUCUUUCUGCUGCAUUUGAUUCUGGCUACUUCUGGCAGAGCUGAGGUUGGUUUCUUGGGAAGAUACAGAGCUGUGUUUAAUACUUCAUGUGAAGAUGCCUGGACUUUAUCACCAAGGAUUUCUGUGCCUGCUCUUAGAAACUUCACAGUUUGUGUUUAUUUUAAGCUGUACAGUCCCAAAAAUAACUGGACAGCAUUUGUCUACAGCAAAGCACCAGAUGGUAAUUUAUCAGCAUCAGACCACUAUGAACUUGGACUGACAGGAAGUCGUGAUAAACUCACUGUUUGGAUGUUUGGCAAAGAAAUCACCUGGUCAGAAGAACUGGAUGAGGACACCUGGUACCAAAUAUGCAUAAGAUGGCAAAGUGGACGCCAGGAAGCAAGUGUUUAUAUUAAUGGCAAAGAAAAAAGGUCUGAAAAAUUAUCUGAAACCAGACAACUUCUUGCAAAUGGGCAACUUUUACUUGGAUGCCCACAAAAUCCUGACGUGUCCUCACCUUCUCCAGAUGGGAUGGUUGGUGAACUGUACAUGUUCAGAAUGUGGUCUAGUGGAGAUAUAAAUCAUACUCAAGAUUGCCGAGAUGGCACUAUUAUACGCUGGAGAAAUAAUAACUGGGUCUACAAUAAUAAGACUAAAGAAUACAGCCGCUCUUUGCCUUGUGCUGAUGCUACUGACAUUUCAUCAGGAUUUGACAAACUUUCAAGCACACCAGCAGACUCAUCCAUUGUCACUUUUGUCACCUAUCCUAACAGUGCUACAGACCCAUCUACAGCUGUAACUCUGAAUACUGCAGAAAUGACGACUGGGAUGGAAUAUUUUCCAGCAACAAUGGGAACAAAAGGCAUAGACAAUAAUGUAUGUAACUUAUCAGUCCUUUGUAAUGAUACAGUUUUCUACAUGGGCACUAUGAAAUUUCAAACCACUGAAAACAGCUCAGAUACUUCAUACAACCUGAAACUACAUUAUCCUGGGGACAACACCAGUCAGUAUGAAAUAAAGGCUACUUCAACUGCACUGUCACGAGUAAAAAUUUCAGAUUUCAAUGAAACACUUCAGAGGUUAAGUGAUUCUUCCCUCAUGCAAUGUGCUCCAGUCAAUCAGAGUAUAUCAGACUGCAAUUUCAUAAUCAAGCUGCAGAAAAAUCUGAAUAUAAGUUACAUAUUAUUAGAUUUACAAGAAAAAGCAGAAAUCGGGCCAGUUGAGUCAUGCUGUUGUUCACCUUUGGAACCUCACACUUGUCCCUCAACAGUUGAAGAGCUGCGACUACUGCAGUGUGGCAUGCAUGAAACAGUUGCUUGCACUGGCUCUAGUACUGGCUUACCGGUUGCUUAGCCUUCUUUUGUCACUCCUUUUUUGACUGGGCUGACAACAGCAGAAUAUUCUAAUAUAUCUACUCUGUGGAAUACAAAUACACAUCCUCCCACUGAAGAGAUUACUCCUGCACCUUCUAUAAAGUCUACAAAUACAGUUGGUCCAUUUGGAACAACUAAUCCAGCAUUUUCUGCGAUGCCAUCUACCAAGACUACUACUUCUUUGGCAGUACCUUCCAUCACUGCAGCACCUCACAGUUCCUCUUCCACCAAAACUACAGCAGCAGCUUUCACUUCCAUGUUGUCCACUUCUUUUGUUACACAUUCUACCACUGGUGAUGCUGGAAAUACAAGUAAAGCCACCACAGAACAAGUAUCCCAAAAUCACCCAAACAUUACUGAUAGCAGUGGUGGCCCAGAUGUGGAGAAAAUAGUAUCUCAGCUGGAAGGCAAUUUGACUGCAGAAACAAUAGCGCCCUCUUUUGCAAAAACAAUGCUGGAAAGUGUUAGCUUUCUCCUAGACAAGCCACAAUCACAGAUAUCUCCAAUGUCUAAAAGAAUAAUAAAAAUAGUGGAUGCAAUUGGCUUAAAAUUGAACUUCUCGACAGAAUCCAUUGAACUGACCUCUUCUGCCUUGGCUCUGGCUGUCCUAAAAGUCAACAGCAGUUCCUUUAACAGUGUAUCUUUUGCUGUUGAAGAUUCCUCAGACCUCCAGGUUACUCUUGGAACACAAGUACCUACAAACAAUGUUGGAGCCAUUACACUUCCAUCCUCAGUAAUGUCAAAUUUGCCAUUUCAAGAUAAGCAUCUGGCUUCUAGAAUUACAUUUAACUUUUUUGAGAAGACGACUCUCUUCCAGGAUCCUUCACUGAAAAAUAUGUCUCUGAUCAGUCAUGUUAUAUCAUCAAGUGUUGCCAACCUCACAAUUAACAAUCUGAAGACAAAUGUUACCGUCACCCUAAAAAGUGCGGGGCCCAGUCAGGAUAAUUCAACAGUAAGAUGUGCCUUCUGGGACUUCACUAAAAAUGGUGGUGUUGGGGGCUGGGCAUAUGAAGGCUGUGUAGUUAAAGAGAGAAGAAGCAAUGAAACCGUCUGUAGCUGCAACCACCUCACAAGCUUUGGAGUUUUACUGGAUUUAUCGAGAAAUAUCACUAUACCCGCUAUUCAAGUGCUAAUUUUAACUUUCAUCACCUACAUUGGUUGUGGUCUUUCAGCCAUUUUUCUUUCCAUUACCCUUGUUACAUACAUUGCAUUCGAGAAAAUCAGAAGAGAUUAUCCCUCUAAAAUCCUUAUCCAGCUAUGUGUUGCCUUGCUCCUGCUGAACCUAGUUUUCCUCCUGGAUUCCUGGAUUGCUCUGUAUGAAAACAAAAAACUGUGCAUAUCAGUUGCUGUGUUUCUCCAUUAUUUCCUUUUGGUUUCCUUCACUUGGAUGGGACUUGAAGCUUUUCACAUGUAUCUUGCCCUUGUUAAAGUGUUCAAUACUUAUGUUAGGAAAUACAUUUUGAAGUUCUGCGUUGUUGGCUGGGGGGUACCAGCAAUAGUCAUAGUCAUUGUGUUGGCAAUAUCUCCAGAUAACUAUGGACUGGACUCAUAUGGAAAGUUUCCCAAUGGUUCAUCUGAUGAAUUCUGCUGGAUUAACAGUGAUAUUAUUUUUUACAUCACUGUUGUGGGAUACUUCUGCAUCAUAUUCUUAUUAAAUAUCAGCAUGUUUAUUGUUGUGCUGAUUCAGCUUUGCAGAAUCAAAAAGAAGAAACAACUUGGUGCCCAGCGAAAAACCAGUAUUCAAGAUCUCAGAAGUGUUGCUGGUCUUACUUUUCUACUAGGAGUUACUUGGGGAUUUGCCUUUUUUGCAUGGGGUCCUGUAAAUCUUGUAUUUAUGUAUCUCUUUGCCAUCUUUAACACUUUGCAAGGUUUUUUUAUUUUUAUCUUCUACUGCGUAGCGAAGGAGAAUGUUAGGAAGCAAUGGAGAAGAUACCUGUGUUGUGGGAAGUACAGACUGGCUGAAAAUUCCGAUUGGAGUAGAACAGCUACUAAUGGGUUAAAGAAGCAGAAUGUUAACCAGGGUGUAUCCAGUUCUUCCCACUCCUUACAAUCAAACAGCAACUCCACUAAUUCCACCUCAAUGCUGAUGAAUAAUGAUCAUUCAGUACACGCAAAUGGGAAUGGUAAUGCCCCUAGUGAGAAGAAUGGAGUUUCUUUCAAUGUGCAGAAUGGUGAAGUACAACUUCCUGACUUUUCAGGAAAACAAUUUGUAUUACAGGAAAAUAAUGACACCGGCCUUAAAAAAUCUUGUAUUUCUUUGAGAAGGACUUCAAAGAGGGGGAGCCUGCAUUUCAUUGAACCUAUGUGAUAUUUUAAAAAGGAGUCUUCAUUCUAAAUCCAGUAAUGACAUACAGGCUUAUUUUCAUUGUUUUAUAUGAUGUAAGAAGACUAAGAAGGACAUUAUUUAAUAUAUAAUAGCAAAGCUUCAAGGCAGCCUCAAAUGAUCAAGACUUUGUAUUUUUAUUUUCUUUUAACAUCAGUGAUACUGAAAAGGUACUUUAGACAAAGCACUAUGGCUAGAAAACAUGGUUAGCAUAAUCUGCUUUUUUUAAAGAUAAGAUGUAGAAGAUAUUUUUGCAAUUUAAUUAUAAAGUUGAAAGUUAAGAAAAACUCAAAACAUUGUGUAGUAAAGUUGUACUGAUACAGAAAACAACAAACUAAAUGUCAAAAGAGAUGCUUAAAUUCUCUUUCAAAAUAAUAUGUCUAUAUUAUUUCCUUCCAUUACGAUGUAGCCACAUACAUCGGAGUAUGUAUAUAGACAAAACAACAUCUACCUUUGAUUAUGUUAUUAUUUUAUAUUUAUUUCUUGUAAAUUAAAUUUAUUAUUCAUUUGUACAGAAAAAUAUGCAUGUGUAGUCUUGAAGCUUUAUUGCAAUUAUAAUUUGGUACAAAGUUUAUGAUUUCAGUUAGAUUUACAUUUAAAGCUUGUCCUAGAUAGAUAGCCAUGGAAGUCUCAUAUUGAAAACAACAGAGACUCUUGUGGUAUCUUAAAGAUUAACAGUAUUUAUUAUAACUUUUCAUGGACUAUAGAUCUCUUCAUUAAUCCUUUUUGUUACAUAACUUUAAUCCAAUAUAAUUUGGUAAGAGCAAUGUUGGAAGAACAUGUAAAAUGCAAAAGGGAUUUCUCUAAAAAUAUAGAAUCUCUGUUUGCUGCUUGAUCAGGUUUAUCACAAUUAAAAGUGCCAUAUGAAAGGCUAAUAUCAUACUUUUUAAAAAAUCCCUGUAAUUCUAAGACUGUUAGUGCUAAAUCUAUUACUGUCUUCCCUAGAAUAGUAUAGCAGUAUUAAAAUAAAGCCAGUUAUACAGGCUGAGGCUUGAAAUGUGCUUCAGAUAGUGAGCAUCCCAUGAAAUUCAUUGGGGGAAUGAAUUGCAAGGGAAAUCCAUCCUUCAUUGCUCUUUUUGAAGGGACAACUUUCUAUUACUCUCAAGGCAACAAUUGCAGGGAGGAACAUCCGCAAGCAUGACUUAAUUCUUCCAGGACUAUUGUAUCCCCUAACUGAUGAAAGAUAUGGACAUGAGCCAUCCAUGGCUGGAAACAGGUUGGGGAAUGUGGUGAAGUGCAGAAUAAUUUUCACAAACAGUAUUUCCCUGCAAGGAAUGGGAGUCCACCCUACCUGCAGAUUUAGCUUUCAGAACCUCUGUGUGAGACAGAAUAAUUCUAUUAUAAGUAUAGAACAGCAGUUUUUCCCAGCCAAGCCAAUGAAGGCCCUUCUGUUGAGAACUUAUAUUCUUUGUCAUUUGUCAAUCAGUGCUUUAUCAUGAAAGCUACAAAGUUACUUAUUAAGUUUACCUUUCUCUGAAUUAAUUCAACAUGAAUGAAUAAUUAUAUUAAUUCUUAGUCUGUAUGAACACUAUCUUAUAUAGACGGAAAACUCAAGGACCAUUCUCAGAGGAGGAUGACUAUUAGGCCACACGUAGAUGAUAUAAAUACUGCAUGCUUUAUAAUACUGUAAUCUCAUAUUUUACAGUAGAAUAUGGGGAUAGGAGGUCCUUGAAUCAGAUCAGUGUCAGCAGUCAUUCACAGGGAAUAUUUUGUUUCUUUAAGGCUAACAAGCCAAGAUUUUUCAAAUGCCUCAGAGAUUCAACUGGACCUAAGCAGACUAAUAUUGGUAUGGCUUCUUAUCAGCAUGUGUCCAAAUAGCUGAAUAAAGCAACAAUUCAUAUUUUUAUUUUAUGGUUAUAAUUUUCCAUCCCAGCCCUAGACCGUUUGAAUGCUAAUAUGUAUAGACAGUGGCAGUUAAAAUUUUAUUCAUCAGAAGCCCAGGAAUGAAAUAACAUGAAUAGAGUAGCCAGAUGAUAUUCUUUAAAGGGUUAUAAAUAAAGCUGUGACUACACUGUGUUUGAUUCACAACCUGUAUUAUAAUCGAAUUUGAGGUCAGUGAUCACACAGGGGCUACAGAUUGAUUCUGGACUUCAGUGUUCACACUCGAUGCAAUGUGAUUCGCAUCUCAGUCUACAGUUUCUCCUUCUUUCCUUCCUUCCUCUGGUCCUGCCUCAGUUGAUCCUUUUAUGGUUUGCUAUCAAGCCGCUUGGUUUUUAAAGGGUUGUACAGUGUUCUGGAAAGGAUGGCAACAUUCCAAACUUCUUCUUAACCUGUACAGAAAUACCAUAUACCAGAGGAGUGUCUUUUGUCUCUUUUCUUCAUAUUUUUAAAACAUUUUUUUACCAGAAGUGAUCUAGCAUUAAACUUAUCACAUUAAUACUAGUACUCUAGCAUUAAUCUUAAAUAUGUAAAAUAAAAUUUAAAAAGAGGACAAUUGAGAGGAAAGAACAUGGAGGCAGGUGUUUCUGUAGUCCUGAACAUCAUGCCCCAACUGCCUGCGUUGUCAAAACACCACCUAUAGAUGUGCCUCCAGUCCUUACAGGAACAAAUCAACUGACCACAUGGGGAAAAGUCCAUUGAAAUUGCUCCAGCUUGAAAAAAGGAGAAGACCCCAGCAGCGGGGUUGGGGGGAGCUGUAUUGGGAGCAAAAAGAGUCGGAUUGAUUCAAAUUUGUCUUUAUGUGACAUGAUCAGGGGAAAAUAAUUCAAGUCAAUUCAUACUAUAACUGCAGGAAAUCCUGCAGAAAUUGAUUGUGUAAUGAUAGCCUAAAAGGGAAUUUCAGCAGGUGUGUACCUUGGCAAGAACAUUUAACCUGCUGAAUAAAUGCCUUCUACAUAAUUUUGAACUGUGCAGGAAGCUUUUGAACCUGGCCACUCUAGACAGUAGGAAACAGGAGAUUGUAGACCACAGGUAUCCUGACUAUUGCAGGAGUUAGUCCUAGCUGUAAAUUCCUGCCAUGUAAAGAUAAUGAAACCAGUUUAUGACUUGUAAUAUGACUUGUAAUUGCAUUUUUGUUCUAAUUUCAGUGGCUGGCUUGUUGAAUUUACAGAGCUUUAAAAAGUAUUUAUUCUUCUGUUGUCUGUUUUUUU